AUGGAGAAUCCUUCUCUGAAAAAUUUGACCGACCCAGACUUUGGAAAACCUCCUAUAAAACAGAAUGAAAUCUUACAAAGACUUGGCGAUCCACACAUCAAAAGUUUCAACUAUAUGUUGGAUAAAGGACUUUCUAAAGCAAUAAAUGACAUGACUCCAAUUGAGUUCACAUUGAAUGACAGAAAAAUUAAGCUGAUGAUUGGGGACUAUUCCUUUGCCAAGCCUGCGGUACCGUUCGGUACCAUUGGAGUAAGAAACAAUGCCAUUUUCCCCACAGAAUGUAGGCAGCGAUCCGCCACUUACAAGGGAAAACUUAUGGUCACUGUCAAUUGGUUUAUAGAUGGUGAGCAACAGCAGUCCUUCCAGAAGGAUUUGGGAGAUGUCCCAAUCAUGGUCAAGUCGGACUGCUGCCAUCUGUCGAAGAUGUCGCCCAAGCAGCUGGUGAAGCACGGCGAACACGAGCAGGAGUGGGGCGGCACCUUCAUCGUCAAGGGUAACGAGAAGCUGGUGCGGAUGCUGUUGAUGACGAGGAGGAAUUACCCGACGGCGAUCAGAAGGUCGGGGUGGAAGCAGCGGGGGGCGCUUUUCUCCGAUUCCGGGGUGUCCAUUCGGUGUGUCAGAGACGAUCAGACGGGAACGACAAAUGUUCUACAUUUCGUAACCGACGGAACUGCAAAGUUGAUGUUCAGUCACACGAAAAUUUUGUACUACACUCCUUUGUGUUUGAUGCUGAAAUGCUUGUGUGACUAUCCGGACCAGUACAUUUACCAGAAACUGAUGCAAGGCUAUGAAGAUGAUAUGUACUUUGCUGAUUCAGUGCGAACCAUGCUGAGAGCCGUCCACGUGGAAAACCUCCACACCUCCGAGGAAUGCAAAGCAUACCUGGGCAAAAUGUUCAGGGUGAAGUUUUAUGAAUGCCCCGAAUGGAGCACCGACAUCGAGAUAGCCGAUUUCAUAUUGAAGAAGUGCAUCCUCAUCCAUCUCGAUUCCAACGAGGACAAGUUCAACAUGCUCGUCUUCAUGGCCCAGAAGCUGUUUCGGUUUGCGCAGGACAAGUGCAAAAUCGAGGGGGCCGACGCUGUGAUGAUGCAGGAGGUACUGCUAGGCGGACACCUGUAUCUCCAACUGAUUAAAGAGAAGCUCAGCUCUUGGCUGAACGGCCUGAAAAUCAACAUCUUCAAGCACGCGAAAGCGUCCAACUUCAGUCUGGGCCUCAACGAGAUCAUAAAAGCGGCAAAAAGCAGCGGAGGUCUAGAACGACAAUUGGAACUGUUCCUAGCCACGGGGAAUUUGAACAGUCCCUCUGGUUUGGGCCUCAUGCAAGAUAAGGGCCUGGUGAUAAUGGCGGAGAACAUCAACCGGAUGCGGUACAUGUCGCACUUCAGGGCCGUCCACCGCGGCGCCUUCUUCCAGGAGAUGCGCACGACGGAGGCGCGUCAGCUGCUGCCCGACGCGUGGGGCUUCAUCUGCCCCGCCCACACGCCAGACGGCGCCCCCUGCGGCCUGCUCAACCACCUCGCGAUGGAUUGCGUCGUGGUGGACGCCCCCGACGAAGAUAAGGUGAAGAACGUGCCACUCGUGCUGACCGAGCUGGGGAUGAUUCCGCUCAAGUAUGCCGAAACGCUCGACCUGAAGUCGAGCUACGUUAUCCAAUUGGACGGCCGGAUCAUCGGUUACGUGGAUAGCGGGAAUGCUGCGAGAUUGGCGGAUAAACUCCGGCUUUUCAAGAUAAAAGGAAAGGUAAUUCCGGACACGCUGGAAAUAGUGUUGGUGCCGCUGAAGAAGACCGUCUCCCAAUAUCCGGGCCUCUUCCUGUUCUCCGGGCCGGCUAGGAUGAUGAGACCGCUGAUGAAUUUGUUGGCGAACAGCAUAGAACUGGUGGGCACGUUCGAACAGGUUUACCUGGACGUUUGUGUGUCGCCGGAGGAGGCCUACAAAGGGGUGACGACCCACAUGGAACUGUCGAAAACGGCGUUUCUCUCCAACCUCGCGCAACUCAUCCCGAUGCCAGAUUGCAACCAAUCGCCGCGCAACAUGUACCAGUGCCAGAUGGGCAAGCAGACGAUGGGCACGCCUUGUCAUACGUGGGAUCUACAGUCCGAGACGAAACUGUACCGGCUGCAGACGCCUGGCGCGCCACUCUUCCGGCCUGUGCACCACGACAGAAUCGGGUUGGACGAUUUCGCGAUGGGGACGAAUGCCAUCGUGGCCGUCAUCAGUUACACUGGCUAUGACAUGGAAGACGCGAUGAUAAUCAACAAAGCCUCUGAAGAACGCGGUUUGGCUCACGGUUCCAUCUACAAAUCGGAGUUCGUGCAACUCGAACACUCCGCCUCGUACUUCUCCAGGGACAAGGAGGGCAAAAACCUGGCCGAAUUCCUGGACGAGGACGGCUUGCCGUACCUCGGUAGGAGGAUGGUCGACGGGGAACCGCACUAUUGCUACUUCGAUACGGAUAAGGCGACUUACGUUACCAAGACUUUCAGGGGCAAGGAGGAGUGCUUUUUGCACAGCGUGAAACUUUGCGGCAACAUGGGGGUGAAGGAUCCACCGCAAGUGGCGUGUCUGACAUACAGGAUACCUCGUAAUCCGAGCGUAGGUGACAAAUUCGCUAGUCGAGCAGGUCAAAAGGGCAUCUGCUCUCAAAAAUGGCCCACGGAAGAUUUGCCCUUCACAGAAACAGGUUUGGUGCCCGAUAUCGUGUUCAAUCCUCACGGGUUCCCUUCGCGCAUGACCAUCGCCAUGAUGAUCGAAAUUAUGGCGGGAAAAUCGGCUGCUCUACAUGGUCGUGUCCAUGAUGCGACGCCAUUCAGGUUCACUGAAGAAGAUACGGCCAUCGACUACUUCGGAAGGUUAUUGGAGGAAGGGGGCUACAAUUACUAUGGAACCGAGACGAUGUAUUCCGGUAUCGAUGGAAGAGAGAUGAAUGCUCAAAUUUUCUUCGGGGUCGUGCAUUACCAAAGGUUGAGACACAUGGUAUCCGAUAAAUGGCAGGUGAGGUCGACCGGUCCCAUAAACAUAUUGACGAGGCAGCCAUUACAAGGAAGGAAACGAGGUGGUGGCGUUAGAUUCGGGGAGAUGGAACGCGACGCCCUGAUCAGUCACGGGGCAUCUUUUUUGCUACAAGACAGGCUGUUCCAUAAUUCCGAUAAAACUACGAUAUCCUCCGUGCCUCAGAAUGGACCCAAUCAGCCCCACCAGCCCCGCUGCCUCGCUCAAAGACGAGAAGCCGCCCAAGUCGCCCUCGCGACCCUUCCGCUUGCGCUUCCAUCGCAUGCUCAGCACGGGCAGCCUGAAGGCAGGCGGCGGGUCGGCCUCCUGCUCGCCCAGCCCUUCGUCGGGCGGCCUGCAGGGCGGCAAGCACUACAGCUUCGACGCGGAGUCGGUGAACAUGAUGCGCGACAACGCCGAAUG